GCUGGUGUUGAAAGCGAAGGUGGCCAGGGAGAGCCCGGGGCCACUCGAGCUUGUUUGGUGUUUAGAAACCUGCUGCCGAGAGAAGGAAAGGAGAGUCAGGGACUGGGAUGGGGGAAAUCCACGUGAAACGUUUCCUUGGCCCCAAAACCACGGCAUUUGCCUCUCAGAUUUCGGGGACAGGACCUGAGCCUCCCUUCCUCCUGACAAGGGGCCGGGACGUGGCUGCGGGGCCAAACACGUCUGCGCGGUGUCACCUCCACGCUCCCGGGCUGGGCACGGCGCAGGGCUGGGACCCCCAAAUCUCCGUCCCUCCCAAGGCAGCUGUCCCCAGGGGACAGGGGACAAGGGCCAGCGCUGUCCCUGGUGGGAGCGGUCCGAUUUCCUCCUCCUCCUCCGUUACACCUUCGCACAGCGCUGGCCGGAAAAGCGCGGCCGUGACCGCAGCGAAGCAAGCGGGGCCCUUCCUGCCCCGAGCCACCAGUUCCCCCGCGAGCUCAGGGGACGGGGACGGGGACGUUUCGGGGGCUCCUCACCGCCCUGCCUCGCUCCCUCCGGCCCCGCGGGGUGGCUGGGGGACGCUGUGCUGCUUGGAAGGAGGUGCCUCUCGUCCUCCCCGCGGUGCCAUGGAGCAGCUGAAGUGACCCGCGGAGCCGUCACAGCCGUGCCAGGAUGGGCUGCGUGCACUGCAAGGAGAAGGUGGCCGGCAAGGGGCAGGCAGGGAGCAGCGCGGGGCCCUCAUCGGCCCCCACCCUGCAGUACGACGCCGACCCCGCGCAGCUCGGCGGCGCCUUCACCCACAUCCCCGACUUCAACAACUUCCACGGCACCGCCGUGCCCACCGCUGCGCCCUUCGCGGGGCCGGGCUUUUACCCCUCCAACACGCUGCAGGCGCACAGCAGCAGCAUCACAGGUGGGGGUGUGACGCUUUUCAUCGCCCUGUACGACUACGAGGCCAGGACGGAGGAUGACCUGAGUUUUCAGAAAGGGGAGAAGUUCCACAUCAUCAACAACACCGAGGGUGACUGGUGGGAGGCCAGGUCGCUGAGCUCAGGCGACACGGGCUACAUCCCCAGCAACUACGUGGCCCCCGUGGACUCCAUCCAGGCAGAGGAGUGGUACUUCGGGAAGAUCGGGCGCAAGGAUGCAGAGCGGCAACUCCUGUGCCACGGCAACUGCAGGGGCACCUUCCUCAUCCGGGAGAGCGAGACGACGAAAGGUGCCUACUCCCUCUCCAUCCGGGACUGGGACGAGGCCAAGGGCGACCACGUGAAGCACUAUAAGAUCCGAAAGCUGGACAGCGGGGGGUACUACAUCACCACGCGGGCGCAGUUCGACACCGUGCAGCAGUUGGUCCAGCACUAUAUAGAACGGGCGGCCGGGCUGUGCUGCCGCCUGGCCGUGCCGUGCCCCAAGGGGACCCCCAAGCUGGCCGACCUCUCGGUCAAAACCAAAGACGUGUGGGAGAUCCCCCGCGAGUCCCUCCAGCUCCUCAAGAAGCUGGGCAACGGGCAGUUCGGGGAAGUGUGGAUGGGCACGUGGAACGGCACCACCAAGGUGGCGGUGAAGACGCUGAAGCCGGGCACCAUGUCCCCCGAGGCCUUCCUGGAGGAGGCUCAGAUCAUGAAGCGGCUGCGGCACGACAAGCUGGUGCAGCUCUACGCCGUGGUGUCGGAGGAGCCCAUCUACAUCGUCACCGAGUUCAUGAGCCAAGGCAGCUUGCUGGACUUCCUAAAGGACGGGGACGGCCGCUACCUGAAGCUGCCCCAGCUGGUGGACAUGGCUGCCCAGAUCGCCGCGGGCAUGGCCUACAUCGAGCGGAUGAACUACAUCCACCGGGACCUGCGCGCUGCCAACAUCCUGGUGGGCGACAACCUGGUGUGCAAGAUCGCUGACUUCGGCCUCGCCCGCCUCAUCGAGGACGACGAGUACACGGCACGCCAGGGUGCCAAAUUCCCCAUCAAGUGGACGGCCCCGGAGGCGGCGCUUUUUGGGAAGUUCACCAUCAAGUCGGACGUCUGGUCCUUCGGCAUCCUCCUGACCGAGCUGGUGACCAAAGGCCGGGUGCCCUACCCAGGGAUGAACAACCGGGAGGUGCUGGAGCAGGUGGAGAGGGGGUACCGCAUGCAGUGCCCGGGGAACUGCCCCCCCUCCCUGCACGAGGUGAUGGUGCAGUGCUGGAAGCGGGAGCCCGAGGAGCGCCCCACCUUCGAGUACCUCCAGUCCUUCCUCGAGGACUACUUCACGGCCACCGAGCCCCAAUACCAGCCGGGGGACAACCAGUGACCCCAUGCUAUGGGGGGGGGUGGACAGGGGGGGAGCGAAUCCCCCCCUUUUUGCAGGGGGGUUUCUCGCUCCCAUUGCCUGUGCCCCCCUGUAAACGCCCAUGGGGUCGUGCAGGGGGUGCCACCGGGGGGGCUUUGCACAAGGAUUUUGGACUCAGGGGGCAGCGCCUUGCCCAGAUGUGCACCCCCCCCCCAGCCCCUCUCUCGUUGCCUUCACAGCCAGCUUUGAACCUGAGAAGUGCUUUGGCUGGGGGGAGGAGGGUGGGUGCCCCCCCGUGCCCCCCACACCCCUACCCCACAGCAGCAGAGGCCUCAGGGGGCGGGUGGGCAAGGGUGCGCCCUCCCCACGCCAACCCCAUCCCCUUGUCCCCAGCUCUGCCAGCUCAUCUCCACACAGGUGGGGGGGGAGCAGAGCGGGGGCUCAGCCCCCCAGAUCCUAGCACUGAGCUUCAGCCCCCCCUUAUAUCGCCUUUAAUUUAUACAGUUUCACCCCCCACACACACCCCAGCAGGCACCCACACCCAGGGAACCCCUAUAUGUGGGGGGGGGGGACAGGAUCCUUGCUCCUCCCCCCCCUCCCCCCCCUCCCUUUUAACUCCUGUCCUUAAAUUAGAGCCAAAUCCUUAAAGCCAUAAACCCCUGCUUGCAGUGGGGGGG